AUGCGUUUCUCAACCAUCAUCUCUGUUGGCCUUGCUGUCACUUCUGCCCUGGCGGUACCCGUCCAACAGGCGGAAGGAAAGAGCACCACGGUUCAAUACGAAAGAGACCUUUCCAAGCGCUCUUCAUUCCGAGAACUCCUCCAAAAGCGUAAGCAGUGCAACAAGGGCAAGAACCGAGCUAGCACCAUCGAUUCUACCACCAGGACUAUAACUUUGGCUUCCUAUGAAACAUCCCCGACUCCAGCCGGUUACGAAGUCCCCACCGACUAUCUGGCACCAAAUGGCCAAACAUCUCGUCCAUCAAAGAAUAAUUAUACUACCUCCAACGGAUUCGGUGGUCGCAGGAACCGUGGUGGUCGAAAGAAUGGUGCAUCGAAGAACAAUAGCACGACUACCCCGACCAUAACGGAUGAUGAGACUUCUACUGGUGGAGAUUCGGGAUACCAGAGCUCGAGCCCUAGUCCUAGUCCUAACAAUAGUCCAUCAUAUGAAGAUGAUACCCCAACGAGCUAUUUAACUAUGCCAGCUGGUUCAUCCACUGGACUCGAGAGGGGAUCUUCGGUCCGCAACGUCGGCCCAGACGGCACUUUCAUGUCCGAGUCCGCAAUCAAACCAUACCUUCUUGCCGCCCACAACAUUGUUCGCUCUCUCCACGAAGGCGCCGGUUCAAUCACCUGGGACUCCAGCAUUGCCAAACUCGCCGAAGAAAACACUCCAAACUGUGAUUUUGCACACACUCCAUCUGCCAAGCGUAAGGGGCUUGGUGAAAACAUUUCUUAUAACACCAAUGGCAACCCCGAAGACCAAGCUCUUCGCCAAUGGUACGCUAAUGAGGUUGUCAACUAUAACUUCGAUAACCCGAGCAAUAGCGAUGGUGUUAUUGGUCAUAUGACUGCUAUGGUCUGGAAGGAUGUCAAGAGCUUUGGAUGUGCUGUUAGAAACUGUGGUUCUCAUGGUAUGGGAUUGUACUUGAAGUGUAACUACUCCCCGGUUCCUAACAUCAUUGGACGAUAUGACCAACAAGUUGGACGAGUCAAGGGCGCUUCCACUGAGGCACAGAUUAGGAAGAUUGUUGAGGCUGCUACCGGCUUCGCUCCUAGGUAA